AGAGGGGAAAGGGGAAGAGAACUCUUUGCUGUAGUCUGGCGAUUUCAAACCACCACACCCGACUUUUCAAGAACUCACAUAAUACACAAGGAGAAUGGUGAAAGGAAUUAAAAAAUAUAUAACCAUUAAAUACACUUUAUUCAUCUGCUGUUACAUUUUUUGGGUAGCAAGUGCUGUUCUUAUAGCAGUAGGAAUCUACGCCAAAGUUUCCAAAGAGAAAGAUGUUGUGGACACUUUGAUGACUGACCCAGCUCUCUUGCUGAUCGUCAUUGGCUCCCUAAUGUUUAUGAUCACCUUCUUUGGGUGCUUCGGUGCAUUGCGCAAUGGAACCUGCCUACUGAAGACAUUUUCAGGGAUAUUGGUGGUAAUCCUUCUCCUACAGAUUACAGCUGCAGUGCUUGGAUUCCUGUUCACUGACAAGGUUUUGGAGAGGACGGAGAAGUUAAUGAGAAAGGCAAUUGUUAGCUAUCGGGAGGAUUUGGACUUGGAAAAUGUUAUUGACUUUGUUCAGAAAAAGUUCCAGUGCUGUGGUGUUCACACCUAUGAGGACUGGUCCGAUAACGUCUACUUCCAGUGCUCUGCGGAAAACCCCAGUCUGGAAGCCUGUGGAGUGCCUUUUUCCUGCUGCCUACGACUGCACAAUGAGACAGUUUUCAACACCAUGUGUGGCUAUGAGGUCCAGAGUAUGGAGCCGAGUUCAGCAGGGAGGAGAGUGUACACCAACGGCUGCCUGGAUAAGGUUGUGUGGUGGGGGAAGCAGAACCUCUUCCUAGUGGGGGGGAUUACUGUGGCUCUGCUCUGCCUAGAGCUGUGUAUGAUUACUUUGGCAUCUUGCCAGGUGUCUCGKAUAAAGACGGUUCAACAGAGGKCAAAACAAGAUGGUGGAAAACACCCUUCUUUGACUAGAGAAAGACUAGACAACAAUGUUUGGUACCCUGCUUCCUGGGACUUCAAUAAGGAAUGAAAGGGCCCUCCUCUCGGUCCAUUAGAGUUGUACAUGAGCAACAGCUUUGAACAGAAGUAGUCUGUACCCACUGUGAAUCUAUGUACUUUCAUGCCACAAGGUUGUUCAAGAAAGCACUGUGUGGUCCACUGUGCACAGAUGUGGCCUUGAUUUUUGUAUGUUAUUAAAACUGUGAUUCUGAUCAUC